UAGUAGUGGUGGUGGUUAAUGAUCAAAGAGCUCUCUUUUUGAUGCAAGCGUGGGUAUAAAUGCAGCAAAUUUGCCAUCACUUUCCUCUUUCAGUCUGUCUUCUACAAAAUAGACAAGUACCCAUUGAUUUUCUCUCACUCAGAAGUAAUAAACCUCUCUCCUUUAUUACUUUUCUUCUCUAGUUUUAUUUGACUGUUUUAUAGCAGAGUUGCUUUGUUACUGAGCAAAGCAAUCACACACACACACACAGAGAAAAUAGCUAAGCUCAAAUUCUAUAAAAGCUUUAACUUGUGUGUGUCUGGGAGUAUUGAAUUAGAAGGCUUUGAAUGAGAGAGCAGGGAGAGUACAGAAAAAAAGUAAGCACAGAAUCUGAAAAUGGCCUGACUUUGGACUAUUGCCUAGGUGUUCAUACAUAAUUGUGGAUAAAGGCCUAGACUGAAAUCUGCAAUUCGUGUCGAAGAGGGAUGGAUGUUGGUGAAAAGGAUAAAUUCGAGCUAGAAAAGAGAAAUGAGAAUGGCAUAAACUACCAAGGAUCCGGUAUGUCAGCAGCUUGGCAGUUUGCUGGUGGUGGCAAUCUCACAAGUACUCCCAUGAGUUUAGUUCCUAGUGAUAAUCCCUUGGUUAUCGGUUCUUCAUCUGGUUCGGCUUCGAUGGUAGAUUCGUUUUGUUCUAACCUUUGGGAGCACCCUUCUAAUUCACAAAGUUUGGGAUUUUGUGAUAUUAAUGUGCAAAAUGGUGCGAGCUCUUCAAAUGCGAUGGGAAUUACAAAAGGCGGUCCAGCCUCUAUGAGUAGUAGUAUCGAUAGACAAUUUGAUAUGGCAUGGAAUGCAGCAAGUUCAAUGUUGAAAGGGGGCAUGUUUUUACCGAAUGCGACUGGAAUUCUACCUCAGAGCCCAUCUCAGUUACCAGCUGACUCGGCUUUCAUUGAGCGUGCUGCCAAGUUCUCGAGCUUUAAUGGGGGAAGUUUUAGUGAAAUGGUGAACCCUUUUGGUAUUCCCGAAUCUAUGGCUGUGUAUAAUAGGGGUGUGGGCCUGAUGCAAGGAACGCAAAAUGUUUUUGCAAUUGGUGGGUUGAAGUCGGUAUCUGGUGUCGAAUCUCAGAAAAGUAAGUUGAUUGCCACUGAAACAUCUGGAGAUGCUUGUUUGAAAACUGAAAAUAGGGCUACUCAAGAAAGUCCGCAUAAGAACGAAAGAAGAAGUGAAAGUCUCGUCUGGUCUAAUGAAGAAGCAAGACAAGAAAAUGGUGGCUCGGGUAAUGAGUCUAAUGAGGCUGAGUCUAGUGACGGUGUUGGUGGUCAAGAUGAGCCAUCGGCAUUGCAUAGUACAGGCUGUGAACCGUCAGCUAAAGGUGUUAGUUCUAAGAAAAGAAGAAGGAGCAUACAGGAUGUUGAGACUGAUCAAGCUAAGGGAAGCCAAUCACCUGUCGAUGCCGCAAAGGAUGGUGCUGAAAAUCAACAGAAAGGAGACCGGGACCAAUCUACAGUGAUGAAUAAGACUACAACGAAACAUGGAAAACAAGGGUCUCAAGCUUCUGAUCCACCAAAAGAAGAAUACAUCCAUGUCAGAGCUCGAAGAGGCCAGGCAACAAACAGCCACAGUCUUGCAGAAAGGGUAAGAAGAGAAAAGAUCAGUGAAAGGAUGAAAUUUCUGCAGGACCUUGUACCCGGUUGCAGUAAGGUUACAGGCAAGGCAGUGAUGCUAGAUGAAAUCAUUAACUAUGUGCAGUCACUUCAGAGGCAAGUUGAGUUUCUAUCAAUGAAACUUGCGACAGUGAACCCACGGCUUGAUUGUAAUAUAGAAGGGCUUCUUGAAAAAGAUAUUUUUAAGUCACGGGCUGGUCCAUCAGCUUUGGGGUUCUCUCCGGACUUGUCUGUGUGUUAUACUCUGUUACAUCCGUCUCAGCCUGGACUUGUUCCGGGUGGCCUUCCUGUCAUGGGGAAUAAUGCUGAUUUUAUGCGUAGAACGCUCGGUUCCCACUUCACGCCAAUGGCAGGAGGAUUCAAGGAACCUAAUCAGCUAUCAAAUGCAUGGGAGGAUGAGCUCCACAGUGCCGUCCAAAUGAACUACGGAGCCGGGGCUCCUUCCAACAGCCAAGAAGUGAAUGGGUCUCAACCAUCAGGCCAUGCGGAAGUAGAACUUUGAUCCUAAGGGUUUACAGCUCCAUUCCGGUCAAGCUCACAUUUAUAACACAUUCUUGAAGGUAGCCAAGGACAUGCAAUUUGAAUAUGAUAUCAACAUACCCUGUACUUAUUGAAUAACUGAAGAUGCCAUUGGCCCGGUUUUAUAGCCGGGAAUAUCAGUCACGUUCAAUCGAAACAGGUGCAUCGUGCUUUGUUAAAUGUUUGUAUAGAUUGAUGAUAUGAUUUUAUGUGUGUGUGAUGUAGGAGUUAUGUUUUAUCUAGUAAUCUUAGAUGGUGUCUUGCUGUAAUUUACAGAUAACAGUGAGAUGUAUUUUGUUCAGUUCAGAGAUGUAAGUUGCAAUAUUUUUUAAUUAUACUUUAAUGCCAUAUAAUGU